AGCAGCCAUGGUAUCCAAGAUCCUCCUUGUGAUAUUCCUUCUACUGAAAUUGGUAGCCUCCUCCGACCAUGAGAUCAUCUUCAAUGGAUUCACCGGUGCAAACUUGAGCCUGAACGGCUUAGCACAGAUCACCUCCGGCGGGCUUUUGAUGUUGACCAACAACACAAAGGAAGGACAGGGUCAUGCCUUCCACCCUGCUCUGCUUCAUUUCAAGAACUCUUCCAAUGGUAAGCCUCUUUCCUUCGAUACUACGUUUGUCUUUGCAAUCAGACCGGAGUACCCAGAUGUCAGCGGCCAUGGCCUGGCUUUCGCCCUCUCCCCCUCGAAGGAGCUCCCUGGAGCUAUGCCCAGCCAGCAUCUCGGCCUCUUCAACACAACAGAUAUUGGAAACCCCAUCGAUCAUAUAUUUGCCAUCGAGCUCGACACAGUGAUGACCGUGGAGUUCUACGACAUCAACGACAACCAUGUUGGCAUCGAUAUUAAUAGCUUGAUAUCUGUGAAUCCAUCUCCGGUAGCAUAUUUUGACAGCAAGAGCGGUCGAUUCAAGAGUCUGAAGCUGAUCAGUGGAGACCCCAUGCAAGUUUGGAUCGAAUACAACGGCAUGGAUAUGCAACUGGAUGUUACCAUAUCUCCAAGCAACGUACCUAAACCGGAUAUUCCUCUCGUGUCUUCGAAGGUCGAUCUCUCAUCAAUAUUGUUAGAUGACAUGUAUGCAGGCUUUUCUGCAUCAACAGGGUCAGCCACAGGGUAUCAUUAUAUCCUGGGAUGGAGCUUUAGCCUGAAUGGAAAUGCUCAGCCUCUUGAUCUCUCGAAGCUUCCACCACUUCCUUACCAAGAACACACGAAGAAUAUAUCUCAUCUUCUAACUAUUGCAUUGCCCUUAGUUGCGGCAGUCCUCUUGCUCCUCUCCAUAGCUGUGAUUUUCUUUGUUCAGAGGAAGAGGAAGAAGUACAGAGAGCUAGUUGAAGACUGGGAACUCGAAUUCGGACCUCAUAGGUUUCCAUAUAAGGAUCUCUUCAAGGCAACCAAAGGCUUCAGGGAAGAGAACCUCCUCGGAUUUGGUGGUUUUGGUCAGGUUUACAAAGGUGUGCUGCCCACUUCGGCGACCGAAGUUGCAGUGAAGAAGAUAUCUCAUGAAUCAAGGCAAGGGAUGAGGGAAUUUGUCGCAGAGAUUGUAAGCAUGGGCCGGCUGAGGCACCGCAACUUGGUGCAGCUCCUUGGUUAUUGUCGGCGCGAAGGGGAACUCCUAUUGGUAUAUGAAUACAUGCCCAAUGGCAGUCUCGAUAAGUUCCUGUUCCAUGGAGAGCAGCCAGCAUUGACCUGGAGUCAGAGGUUUCAAAUUAUCAAAGAUUGUAACACCGUUCUCAGACAGUUUGAAAUAAGGCUUGAUGAUUAUGAUGAUCAAGUUUAG